AUGUCCGAUGGAUACUAUAGUUCUAAGAAGACGGACGAUAUCUGCGAAGACGUUUGUGGUCAGGAUGGUUCUCGAGCAGCAAAGGCCUUUUCAAGGGUUAGAUGCGUACUACGCGGAUUCGAUUUCAAGACAUACAUCUUCUUCUUCACCAUCGUGCCCAUCUUCAUCUUCGGAGUCUACUUGCACGGCCAGAAGCUCACAUACUUCCUGAGACCGCUUUGGGAAUCUCCUCCCAAACCGUUCCAAACGCUUCCCCAUUACUAUCACGAGAACGCCUCCAUGGAAACGCUCUGCAGCCUCCACGGCUGGAAACACCGCGAGUCUCCGAGACGGGUCUUCGACGCCGUCUUGUUCAGCAACGAAGUCGACAUGCUCACAAUCCGGUGGAAAGAGCUGUACCCUUACAUUACACAGUUUGUGAUCCUCGAAUCGAACUCGACCUUCACCGGUUUGCCUAAACCGUUGGUUUUCGCCGGGAACCGGGACAAGUUCAAGUUCGUGGAGCCGAGGCUGACGUACGGGAACAUCGGAGGGAGAUUCAAGCGAGGAGAGAACCCGUUCGUGGAAGAAGCGUACCAGAGGAUUGCGUUGGAUCAGCUGAUCAGGCUCGCCGGUAUCGAAGAAGACGAUCUGCUGAUAAUGUCCGAUGUCGACGAGAUUCCGAGCGCUCACACCAUCAAUCUCCUUAGAUGGUGCGAUGGAUAUCCGCCGAUUCUUCAUCUCCAGCUGAAGAACUACUUGUACUCGUUCGAGUACUUCGUCGACAACAAGAGCUGGAGAGCUUCGGUUCAUCGGUACAAGCCCGGUCAGACCAGGUACGCUCAUUUCCGUCAAGGCAACACUCUGUUGGCGGAUUCCGGCUGGCAUUGCAGUUUCUGUUUCAGGCACAUUAGCGAGUUUGUGUUCAAGAUGAAGGCGUACAGUCACAACGACCGUGUCAGGUUCUCUCACUACCUGAAUCCGAAGAGGAUACAGGAUGUGAUUUGCAGAGGGACUGAUCUGUUCGAUAUGCUUCCUGAAGAGUAUACGUUUAGGGAAAUCAUCGGGAAGCUAGGUCCGAUCCCGAGGUCUUACUCGGCUGUUCAUCUUCCGGCGCAUCUGAUUGAGAAAGCUGAGAGUUACAAGUACUUGUUACCUGGGAACUGCAUACGGGAAAGUGGCUGA